ACCCAAAUUAUUAUUUCAGUUUCUCUACAUGUUCAUUCUAAUCAUCUUGUAAAUGUGUCAUGUACUUCCACUAUAUAUUCUCCCCUGAUGCUCUAACGCUACCAGCGACACAUUCGCUAUAUCCAUCUCUCUCUGCAUCAUUCUCUUCUUUGAUAGUUGUAAUGCUAUUUUAAUGGCGUCUCUAUUUUCUUUAUUGUUCUUCUACGGCUGCAUUUCUUCCUCUAUCUUGUCUCUUGUAGUACUGCUACUUACAAAUUCAGUCACUGCCACUGCUUCUUCAAUCACCAAUUCAACCAGGCACCAUCAUAAGUGGGUCGGCCCCGUCGGCUACCGAGUGAUCACGGUGGAUAUUCUUGGGUUCGGGCAGUUCCAGUCGGUCCAAGACGCCGUUGAUUCCGUCCCAGAAAACAAUACAAUGAACGUACUUAUUCAAAUAAGUGCUGGAUAUUACGUAGAGAAAGUGAUGGUGCCGGUGACAAAACCGUACAUCACGUUUCAAGGUGCGGGGAGGGAAUCGACUGUGAUUGAGUGGCAUGAUCGAGCAUGUGAUCGUGGGCCCGAUGGCCAACAGUUGCGUACUUACCAAACUGCUUCUGUUACUGUUUUUGCUAAUUAUUUCUCCGCUAGGAAUAUUAGCUUCAAGAACACAGCACCGGCACCACUGCCAGGAAUGCACGGGUGGCAAGCGGCGGCGUUUAGGAUAUCAGGCGACAAGGCCUACUUCUCUGGCUGUGGAUUCUUUGGUGCACAAGAUACUCUUUGUGACGACGCAGGAAGGCAUUACUUCAAAGAGUGUUACAUUGAAGGGUCUAUAGAUUUCAUUUUCGGGAAUGGCCGCUCUAUGUACAAAGACUGCGAGCUACAUUCGAUAGCCACAAGAUUUGGAUCGAUAGCGGCACAUGACAGGAAGUCACCGGAGGAGAAGACGGGUUUUGCAUUUGUAAGAUGUAAGGUGACGGGAACAGGCCCACUUUACGUAGGUCGAGCCAUGGGCCAGUACUCCAGGAUCGUAUAUUCAUACAGUUACUUUGAUGACUUGGUUGCUCAUGGUGGCUGGGAUGACUGGGACCACAUCAGCAACAAAAACAAGACGGCGUUUUUUGGAGUGUACAAAUGUUGGGGACCAGGUGCAGCUAACGUGAGAGGAGUUUCAUGGGCCAGAGAGCUGGAUUUCGAGACGGCCCACCCAUUCAUAAGGAAAAGUUUUGUCAACGGCAGACACUGGAUUGCACCAUCUGAUGCUUAGACAAAACUCACAUUCAUGCUGCUCUUCUCCUCUUUUUUUUUUUUUUUUUAAAAAUCUAACUACAUUCAUUUGUUCUUUCAUAAAUUCAUUGUUAACUGCCCAUUUCAUUAAUUUGUUUAUUCUUUGAGAUGUACUGCAUCUGCAUGUAAUAUAUAGAAAUAAAUAAACUGCCAUGUACCAAUUUAUCUUGAAUUAUCAAUGAAGGCAAGGGAUUGUUUAUUAUGUAAA